AUGCCCAAAUGCUUCAAAUGUGGCACUGAUGCCAGCGUGGGAGAGGUCGCGGUAUGGGACAAUGGGAAGUGGCUGUGGAUAUGGGACUCUCUCAGCCAAUAUCAAGGCUGGUCGAAAGGAUGGGCCAAAAUGCCUCAAGCUGUCUGGAAUGUGCCAUCUUCCAAAAUUGAAGCUUGUGACAUUUAUUGCCGAAGCUGCUGGAAGGAAUGGGCGCAACAUGUCAAGGGCAGCAGGUAUGCCUUGAGCAGGUCUUGUGAGGAGUGGGCAAUACAAGCAGGCAUUCAGUUUGUGCCAUCGCACAUGGGUAACCCCUUCUAUUGCCUGCCCUGUGGAAGAUUCUUCAACCAUGGUCUGACUUCCCUUGAGAAACACUUGCGGGACUCUCACCCUGACGUAAUUGUCCGCCUGGCCCGCAAGAGAAAGCAUGAGGAGACUGUGGCGAAAACUCAAGUUACACCACCUGCGCGACAUGAUGCGGGUUGUGGCAAUAGCCAGGGCAAGUCUGACAUGACCAAGGGCAGCAAGCCCUCCAACUGCAUCGGCCAGGAUGAUGUGAAGCCAUCUGCGCUGGGUCAGCCUCCAUUUGGCAAAACUCUGGAAAUCCAGAUGCUUCGAGCCACAGAUGACUGCAAGCACUCUGAGUUUGAGCUUGUGUGGGAGUUUCGAGCUGAUGACACAGAUGAUGUCGAUGAUGAUGAUGAUACUGGUGACUGGCAGCCAAUGAGGAAGACCAUGAAUGACCUGCUUGAGAAGCGCUGGGCACAGGGAUGGGAUGACAAUCCUGAUUUGGACGAUAUCUUCUAUGUCCAGGGAAAAGGCUUUUCUUACCGCAUCGAUAGCCAUUGCAUGAUGCAGUGGAACACGUCGACCGGCCGCAGCCGGGGGAUCAGGCGGGUUGAUGCCACGUCACAAGCAAGCAAGAAGGCUGCUCAGGUAGAGCAGCUUUUGAAGGAGAAAGAAGACUUGCUCAGGCAAGUUGCGAAGCUAGAGCGGGAAAAGAAAGCUUUGGAAGCUUCGCAGACAGACCAUGCCGAACAGAUGAUGGCGCAAGAAGCCUGGCGAGUGAGUCGCCAGCUGCAGGCAAAGAUUCGCAUCCGGCUGAAUCAUUCGGAUGCAGCUUUCCCCGGCAUCCAGAUGGCUCUAGCCUUCGCACGGCCGUGCGAUCACAAUGGGGAUUGUUUGCGUAUGGACCAUUUCAGUAUCAUCGACCUCCAGCAGGUUUGCAACACCAACAUCUGGAAGGACUACGAAUUCCGGAAGGAACAAGUGCGAAAGGAGAUGGAAGGCCGUGACAACAUCCCCAGAGUGACCAGUACCCUACCUCCUCAUGUGUGCAGUUGGGCGCACUUGGAUCCAAAGAUCAAUGAAGUCUUGGUCAUCCAUGGCACCACGCCGGACAAGACAGAACAGAUUGCAGGCUUCGGGUUUGACGAACGUCUUGCGCAUGAAGAUGGACUCUAUGGACAAGGAGUUUACUUUACAGACCAAAGUUGCAAGGCUCUUCAGUAUUCAGGGGCGGUGGCGAUGCCCCCGUGGAAAAACGGAUCGGGGGAAGGUUGCUUCAUCAUUGCUCGUGUGAUCCUUGGACACCCUAAGACUGCUGAAGGGCCUUUGAAGAACAUGAGGGUGGAACCUCCGGUGGACCCAGGUGAUCCGUCAAAAGGCCGCUUUCACUCCGUAAUCGCUCAGCCAGGGACUCCUACCGAUCAAUGGCGACGACAGGUACAUCGAGAGUUCGUCAUUUUCAACGGAGCCCAGGCCUACCCAGAACUGAUCGUUCAUUUCAAGCUUUCCUAG